CGCUUCCAAUAUUAUGAACGGCAAAGGAGUCGUAAGCGCAGUGUUGGGCGGGAAAUUGUAACGUCAACUUCUCGAUAAUAGUGUUGUGCAGUAUUUUUAGGUUGAAUAAUCGAGAGUUACUUAGUUAUUACAGUGAAGUAGCUAGUAAAAUAAAUUUUAUUUAAAAUGUGGCGACGACUGAUAUUCGUUUUGCCGUUAGUAUUAUCAGUAUCAUCAAUCAAAGUCCCAGUAGACAAUGCAGACCCCACCGACGCCCCCAGUACUCCAGAAGCGACAAAAAAUACUCCUGUUUAUUACAUAUCAGACGACGCUAAUGUCGACAGUUACCUCAUCCCCCCUGAUCCACACAAAGCAGAAGAUUCACCCGAAGGAACAGGCGGCCCGCCUACCUUCCUGAUACCGCCUUCAAAAGACAGUCAUCCCGGCUACUUUCUGCCCAAAGCAUCAGCUGACAUUCAGAGUGAUUGGCUACCCAUUCUACAAGCCCAAACACAAACUAAACGCAAUGUUCCAUACCCAAGACUACCCCUAGAAACGAUUCCCAUAUUUUUCAACGGUAACCAAGGUGUAGCGGCGCCUUUAUCCCUCCCUCCCGUACCUUCAACUCGGCUUGAACCGCCUUCAGUAGACGCUGUAAACGAGUUCUUCAUUGAAGUUCCUGAGGAGGAAGAGGUGCAUGUGGAUGAAAAUAAUGAACCUAUUCAAGUACCAGACUAUAAUGUGCGCCCUCAAAACGAGAACGGACCAGCUCCAAAUCUGCAACUAGACCCAGCUGCACCAACGCUCGCUUUACAUUUAACGCCGCCUAAACCACAAUCAUUGAACGCUCCAACGAAAUUGUUCCCGAAGAAAUACACUGGCGGUUUCAAACCCGUCCCGAUACCUCUCACUCAGUACGCCGAAACCGCACCAGAAGUACCCAAAGCGAAGCCUGCGAAAUACUUUAAACCGCAAUCGAGUGCGGAGGUACAACAAUACACGCCGACCGACGACGAGAAGAAAUUGUAUCAUUUCAAAAAGGCCGAGCAUCAAAGAAAAUUGAAAGGAGAGGAAGCCUUAAAGGAACAGCAAUCAGCUGAUGGGGUGUCAGAGGAAACAUAUGGCGAGCCUACGUCGGCGGAACAAGAAACUUCGGAAACUAACUUGAGAUACCCCGGACAUAACAUCUACCACGUACCUGCACAUCAUGGACCACCAGGUCCUCUCCGUCACGGGCCCCGACCCGCUCCCCUGCGCCAGGCCCCGCCACCAAGUCCCCCUCAAGAUGUAGGACCAGCUGCACCAGCUCCCGAUGGCAGAACAGAGUUCAGGAUGCACGGCAUGAAGGGACCACAUAGCUAUCAAUUCGGCUACGAUACUGGCAAAGGCAAAAACCGUCAAUUUCGGUAUGAGGAGCGGGACAACGAUGGUCUGGUAAAAGGCCACUACGGAUACGUGGACAGGUCCGGUAAACUCCGAGUGGUCAACUAUAGCGCGCAUCCCGAGUACGGUUUCCGUGCGGAAGAACCAGUAGAAAAACAGCCAUGAAUGUAGAACAUUUAGCAAAACACAUGGUUGUAGUGUAGGGGUCAUAUAAUUUGGCCAUUUUUGAUGACUAACUACAACACUAAACUGCCCGUCAUGUCUUUCAAUAUUUCGAUGCUGGCUUAUUAUUCCAGUCUGCUAAAAUAGAUGACAAUUUCAACUUAAUAACGAAACAAGAAGGUUUAAAAUCUCAUAACUUGACUUACUGGUGUUUGUAUUGUAUCGUAUCUAUGGUAGUAUUACUUCUUUUCCUCGUACCAAACCAUUAUACUUGUAUCCCGCUGGCUGCUUCAAAUUAUGAGUUUCAAAGGCCAAGAUAUAUCGGGCGUACUACUACUAUCUAUAUCGGGUUCCUCAGCAUUGAUAAAUUUGUCUAAUCUUUAUGACCUCUGAAGUUCAAAUGUUGUAAAUAUUUUUUUUGUAAAUAACGCCUUGUUAAACAUAUUCCAACCUUAAACAAAAUACUUUAUACGAAAAUGUAUAUUAAGUUAUUUUUGUUUUUAUUAAUAAUUUUAAAUCUAAGUUUGUUACCAUAAGUGUCAUAUAGUGGAUAAGGUGUAUUAAUUUAUAUGAUUAACGAAAUGAAAUAAAAAAUGCACAAAUAUUUUUCUGAUGUUUUUAUUAAUAACAUUUCCAUUUGGGUAACAUAUGAACAAUGCUUAUAAAUAUGUAGAUGUUAUAUAAAAAUUAAGAGUAUAAAAAUAGAAUUCAAUUCGUCUUUACAAAUAACAUUUAGGUCAAAUAAAUAUGGCACCAAUAAAGAAAUAUUUUUACAAAAAUAUGUCUAAGUUUUCGGAAAAAAUUUAACAACACUUAUUGACUAUCCUCUUACUUACACACGAUAUUGUUUACAAGUUCAGCAAGCAAACUUGAUGCACCAAUGCGGAACAGUUUUGGCGUGAGCCAUUCUGGACCUAAUUCCGUGUACACAAGGACUAGCCAGUUGACUGCAUCUCUAGCUGUCUUUAUGCCCCCAGCUGGUUUGAGGCCCACCUGUUUAAUAAACACAUAACAUUUAUUUAUAUGUGAUACAUUUUGUUUUAGCACUUUAUGUGUUCUAAUGUCAG